UAAGAGAGACAGGGUCAGUAGCAUUCAUAGAAACAGGAAGGACAGGAGGUGAGAAGAACUCCAUGGCAGGCUGCUAGGUCCAACUGUAGCAAACACAAAUAGAUGACUGAGGACUCUGCCUCCCAUGAUGGACAAGAAAAGUGCCAAUGGCUUUCAGUCCAAGGCCAGUGAGGGUGGUGUUCAGAGGAAGCAGCUGCCCUACUCAGUGGAGACUCCCUAUGGCUUCCACCUGGAUCUUGAUUUCCUCAAGUAUGUUGAUGAUAUUGAAAAAGGCAACACAAUCAAAAGGGUCCACAUUCAGCGCAGGGUAAAGGGCCCACCUAAAUUCAGCACUCUACCUAGAAAUUUUAGCCUUCCUGGGCAUGGAGUAAGGCCUACCCCGAAGGAAAAGGACAGUACAUGGUCUGGGACAUCUACCCUGGGUCCCAAGCCUAAAUCAAGAGUGUCAGAGGUUCAACAGAUCUUUGACUUCCGAGCAAACGAAGGAGUGAUUUCCAGCCAGAGCAGCAGGGGGAGCACCAGUCAAGGAGCUGGCUAUGUUUCAACUAAACCCAGAGAUGACGUAGGCACAGGGGCUCGUGGUGUUGAAGAUAAAACUGGAGGGAUUCAGAGUCGGCCAAAUCUGCUCAGAGCAUCAAGCAUGCCCAUCACUCUACAGCAGCGUAAAAGUUCAGAUUCAAGCAGUCCAGAUCGUAUCGUGGGAACACCAGAAAACGGCUCAACAGAAAACAUGUUCAGGGCUUCACCAGAUGUAACAGAAAGACGCUGUGUCCCCCAAGAUCGGGCAGGUCUUCACCAGCAGAUUACUGUUGCACUGAAGCGGGUUCGAGAGCUAGAAGAACAAGUCAAAACCAUCCCAGAACUAAAAGCUCAGAUCUGCUCUUUGAGGGAGGAGAGGGAGCAGCUGCUUCUUCAACUACAAGCCCAAGCCCAAGCCCAGGUUUCCAAAUCCUCCACCACAGUACCAACAGGUUAUGAUCCUAGGACAAAUAAUCAGUCACAAGAACAGAGACCUUCAGAGGAGCUCAAGUUAGUUCUAAAGACUCAACCUACUGGAGGUUUAGAAGAUUCAAGGCUUGGGCCAUCAAAGCAAGUAACAGGCAAGGAGGAACAAAAUGGGGCAAAGAAAACUAAAGUGUUAUCGUCAGAGGUGGAGAGCUCAGCACAAGGAGAAAUUGGUGUGUCGUCAGCACAAGAAUUGGAGCGACACUCACUGGAAAAAUCAGACAAGCAAAAAGACACAGAGAGUCCUCUGGGGCAGGCAGUGGAAAAACUGGCACAGGACAUUGCAGGGGAUGAAUUAAUAUCACUUACCAUGGCUUUAAAAGAAACAGAGGCUGCAGCAAAAAAAGGAAAACCUGAGGAUCUGGAUGGUAUGCAGAAGCUGCAGGAGAGGCUAAUGAUACUGGAAGGUAACCUUAUUCAGGCUAGCCAAGAGCUGGAGAGAACAAAUGCGCUUUUAAAACAACAAAUAGAGGAGAACAAGCUAAAAGAGGAGAGAAUACUACAAUUGAGCGAAGGAAUGAGAGUUGAGGUUUGUACCUCAGAAGCACACAGACAUCCAAGAAGAGAGAGCAUUGACACAGGGACGGUGACAGAAAGAAUAGACUGUGCCAACCAAGAAACAGAGACAGAAUCACCUGGUACCAUUGAUCAGGGGACAGACACUGAUAAAAUCUGCAUUGAAGUGUGUGUACCCAAACCACAGACUGAAAGUGUAGCUCAAGGACCAGUGACUAGAAAUGUUGACGUGCAUGACCAGGUGACAGAGGCAGAGAUAACAGCAGUGAGUCCACCAAGGCCCAGAGCCAACAGCAUGGAACGGGGCACAUUAACAGAGAGCAUCAUCACUCAGGAUCAGAUGACCGAGACAUCAACGGCCGAAAGGGUAAACCAAGUCACAGAAACAGAAGGCGAAAUGGUGACAGACCAUCCGCAGAGGCCGAGGGCCAGCAGUGUGGACAGAGGGACUGAGACAGAAAGGGUGGACACUGUGGACAGAGUAACAGAGACAGAGGUAGCCCAGAGAGCAGACCAGCAGACUGAGACGGAGACAGAAAGACGUCACGACAACAACCCAGCGAGAGGCGCAGAAGCAGAGAGUCAAGUGAGUGAAAACUCAGGCAGCCAAAGAGAAGAAGUAGCGGUGAGCGAAAGAACAGAAGACAGGGUAACAUAUGAAAGAAUUCAAAGAGAGAGUGAACGUUUGGUUGUUGAAGUUUUAACAGAGAGCGCAGCUGCAGUUGUAGAAAGCACACAAACUUUAGAUGUAAGGAAGGAUGAAGAGUGUGCCAGUUCAGUUGCUAAAGCGGGAGAAAAUGAGAUUAAAGUGAGUCCUGGACACGAUGACUCAGAAACAGAAAAAGUUACAGAAGUUGUUGAAACAAGACCGGCUGCCCCUGAGACUACAGAGAAGAAAGAAACAGGAGAAGGAGAAAUUGUGUGUGCAACAAUCAAAGAAACUGUAGCCGCUGACACUGUUGCAGUGACAGCUGAGAAUACAGCUGUGAAGACAGCAGCUCCUGUAAGACCACAGAGAGGCAAGAAACCCUCAGUGGAGCAAGCACAGCCCGCACCUCUUCAACUUCAGGUGGUGCCUGUGCGUCCUCGUAGGGGAUCUAGUGAAAGUCAAGUCCAGCAGACCCAGCCCCAGGCAAAAACCCAGCCCCUGGUGCAGGAACAGAGUGCUGGUCAGCUUGCGGCUCGGUCACCAGAACAGCUCUCUGAAACACAGGUAAAACAUCAAACACCAUCUGUGCCUGAGGUUGAGGACCACACCAUAGCAAAGAAGCUUCCUGGGGAGUCUGGUGAGAAGCAAUCUGAAGCUCAGCUUCAGGCUGAGACUCAGAGUGUGUCUCCAGGCUCUAGUGAAGUCCAAGUUAGGCCUAAAUCAAUUCAAGCCCAGUCUCAAACUUCUGCAGCCCAACGUGACUCAAAAGAACUGAAAGCACCACAGAGGGUGUCUGGUGCCUCACACACUCCUAGACGUGGAUCAGGAGAAGCCCAGACCCACCCAACUCGCCAAGGGUCAAGUGAUGUUCAAACUCAACCUCAGGGUUCACGUAGAAGCUCCAGUGAGGCUCAGGCCCCUCACAAAGAUGCCAGUGAGACACAGUCACUGCGCAGAGGCUCCAGUGAAGCAGGUCAACGUCGUGGCUCAAGUGAAGCCCAAGGCUCACGUCGUGACACUGGUGAGGGCCAGCCUCCUCGUAGAGGCUCCAGUGAGUCACCAACAUCGCCUGCAGCAUUGGGUCAAGUUGUAACUCGUCUAACAGGGCUACUAGGAGAGCAGUGGGCACAUCUUGGAAGCAGCUCUGGUGCUCAACAAACAGCCAGCCAGCAGGAGAUCCCCAGCGCACAGAAAAAGACGACAGGGAAACGAGCAGAGCCUGGAAAGGCAACAUCAGCCAAGCCUGCAGGGAAAGCAGCCCCAGCAGCAGCAACAGGGAAACCAACAGGGAAACCUGGUCCUUCCAAAAUGAGCUCCAUUCAGAGCCAACUGGUCAGCUCCCUCAGCGUCCUCUCUGCCUUCUACUCCCCAAGCCAGAAAGCGGCUGCUGCCAGCAAACAGCAAGAACAAGGUCUCAAAUCCAUCAUGAAGAAAAAUGGUGCAGCUGGCAAGCCGGGGAACAAGGGAGCCAAGAAAAACCUGAAGUUUGUCGGGGUGAAUGGAGGCUAUGAGACGACGUCCAGUGAGGAGUCCAGUGGAGAUGAGAAGUCAAAGGUGGAGGUGGAGGAGGAAGACAGCUCAGAACCAGAAGCAGAGAAGGAAAAGGAGAAGGAGCCUGAGAAGGAGCCCGAGGAGGGAGCAGAGGCUCAGGGAAAAGAUGCAGAGGUCCCGGCUGAGGGAGGAGGUGCUGUGGCUGAAGAGAAGGAGGCUGAAAGAGGUCUGCUUGAUCCAGAAAGCAGUCAGGAGCUCCUGGAAGAGCAGGCUGAAGGGGGAAAAGUCGACAAGGGGUUUAUAGAUGCAUGCCUUUAUGUAAAGGACCGCAUGGAGGAGGUUUCAUCCCCAGAUAAAGAAAUGCGUCAGGUUUUAGUUGUGCUCUACCAGGAGUGGUUCAGAGUCUCCAGUCAAAAAGACUCACAGGCAGAUACUGUCAGAUUAUACCUGCGACAAGUGGGACUGACCACACCCACUCUCCUGCCAUAUGUUGUUAACUUGACAGACGGCAAUGGGAAUAUGGCUCUGCACUACAGUGUGUCACACUCCAACUUCCCCGUGGUCAAACUGCUGCUGGAUACCGGCUUGUGCGAAACAGACAAUCUCAAUAAGGCAGGCUAUACUCCAGUGAUGCUGGCUGCACUGACGGCUGCUGAGAGCCCCGAUGAUCUUGAAGUGGCACAACAACUGCUGAAAUUGGGGGAUGUCAAUGCACGCUCCAGACAGGCGGGCCAGACAGCUCUCAUGCUUGCGGUGAGCCAUGGCCGCGUUGCCAUGGUGAAGCUGCUCCUGAGCUGCGGUGUGGAUGUAAAUGCCCAGGACCAUGAGGGAUCUACGGCCCUGAUGUGCGCCAGCGAGCACGGGCACACGCGCAUCGCUCGCCUGCUGCUGGAGACAGGUCGCUGUGAUACCAGCCUCACAGAUAAGAACGGUCAGACAGCUCUGUCGGUGGCAGAGGGAGCCUCUCACCAAGACAUCAUUGACCUCCUGAAGGCCAAUCCUGAGGCCCAAACCUCUGAGUCCACGGGUACCGCAGAUCUCCUCUGAGCCAGAGUUCUCCAAACCAUCCCAGCUCGCCGUUCAACCACUCAACCGUUCUAUUUCCGUGAACUUCAGGCCACCAACAUAGAGAGAAAAUGCUGAAAUAAAUACAUGGUGGCACCACACAACACAUACGUCAUAAGACACGGCAGGAGGUUUUCCUUUCACGUCUCUGCCAGUAAUGCUAGUGGGUGUCAGUGGAUAUGUUGCCUCAACCGCUCAGGUGGACAGGCCACAAAGGUGGCCCGAUGGAUGAUAAGACAUUUCCAUAGUGUCAGGUAUGACUGACGGGAUAUUAAGUAGGACACAGGGUGAGAAUAUAAAGCAGGACAAGACAUGGGCAGCAUAGCAAGUGGACGGAGAGAUACUCUGAACUGCUGCUUUCUAUCAUCAGCUAACUCUCAAAGCAAAAUACUAAGCACAUGAUCUACCUUUGCAAAUAUAUAAUAUUAAAUAAUACAUUAUUUCUAUUUUUUUCUUUCAUAACAUUAAGAUCAUUCUUUACAUAUUUGGACAUAAGCCAUUAUUGAGGACAUAGUAUAUGUAGAAUGUUAUUCUAACAGAUUAUAAUCAUAGAAAUCACAAAAACUGUAUUUUCUACUGCACUUUUUUUUUUUUAAAUUGUGUUUUGUAAAUAGUCCUCUCUAAUAUUGGUGUCCAGAUAAAAUUAAAUAUCUCCAAAAGUAUUAGGAAUUUAAAUAUAGAAUAUAACUUCUUGUCAAGUGUCCUCAUAAUUCCGUGAAUAUUUGACAUUUAAUGCAUCAUUUUUUGUUGUAGUACUCAUACUUUUCGCAUAUGGGACAUGGGUGAUCGUCAUCUGUGUAUUAAUGAAAAACAAAUGCUUUCUGUGGGACAUAAAGCUAUUUUUUUAUAACCACAACAUUACAGCACUGAAGAAAGACAAAGUUCUUCUCAUAAGAAGAUUGUACUGCAUGCUAAUACAUUUACUCCCCCUGCUGGCUGUCUUAUAGUACUAAACAGCAGUAUGUUGUAAUACUGUCUGUUCUCAUAGAGUUUCUCUCUCUCUCUCUCUCUCCCUCUCCCUCUCUCCCGCCUUCAGUUCAAAUAUAAUGUAUGCCUUGUUCGCCUGCUCGUUUGAAAUCAAAUCACGUAUGCAACGGCUACAAAAUGCACAAUGAAUGUCAGGCUGGCUGCGACACAUUCCAAGAAAAUAAUGUAGCAAGUUUAAAUACACUGGCAUGGGUUAUACGACUAACAGACGCAGACCGUCAAUGGAUGUGGCGGACAUUGGAACGAGUCUGGUUAUUUAUAGUAUGUGUGACAAGACACAGUUAAUCGCUCGAUAUCUGACCAUCAUCCUCUUCUGGCUUUCAUGAAUUCUCAUUUCAAAACAGUAAGACAACAUGGUAAA